AUGGACAUGGAAUGGCAGCCCAGCCAGCUACCCUAUGCCUCUGAGCAGUACGGCCCACAGAACUUGGCUGUCUCGCCAGGUAGAUGUCUCUGGGAGUGCUGUGAAUGUCCUGGAAGCCACUGCAAACCAUGGCUUGUCCUGACCCAGGUGUCCCGAGUGGUACAGGGUGAAGAGCCACCCGGAGCCAGCUCCUCACACUUUGCCUCCCGCUCUCCCUCAUUAGGUCCCUGCAGUGGUAGGGUGGCCUCACCACAGCUCCUCCCCAGGUCCCCCACUCCAGGAGUCCCUGCAGACAAAGGAGGUAGCCUGAAAUUGCAGCUCCUACCCCCAGUGCAGAAUAGUAAAUUUCCAGCACCAACCCCUGCCACCCAGUGGGGACCGAAGCCUCAGAAAGCAGGUUACCAGGCCUUCAAUGGCUAUGGAGCUGAAGCAGAACCCGGCUUCCACGGCCUCAAGCUGCAGAAAGUUGGUUUCCAUUAUGGAAAUGGAGCUCUGGAAGCUGGAAUUUUCCCUGAGAUCCUGCAGUCAGGGUUCCCCAUAGCCAGUAGUUUUAGGAAUGGAUUUGGGGAGGAGACUCGUCUGUAUCCUAAGACAACAGUUCCAACCCUACAGAGAAAUGGUCAGGCUGAAGCCCUGCAGGGCUCCCCCUGGCCAGCCCUCCAGCCCUGGGGGGCUGGAAUGAAGCCAGGCUAUGGAUAUGCAGGCCUUGGGAACCAAGCAGGACCCUAUGGGCACCUGGGGCCAGAGCUGGGACUGGAACAUUUUGGGGGUCCUGAAGUGAAGGCUGAUACCAAGAGCCAGCUAGGAAACCGUUACAGAGGUGAGAGGAGUCAUGGUGGGCCACUGGCUCCAUUCAGGGGCCACCACUGUCAUCUCUCCAGGUGUCCCCAGUCCUUGGCAGGGAUAGUAGACUCCAUGGCCCUUAGACUGCUGAGUGAUGACCUCAGAGACACCCCCAAUGCCCGAGAUGCUGUUCUGCCUCUCCCCAGGACACUGCCCUUCUGGGAAAUGCUGAGCACGGAGCUUGACCCCUGCCCGCCCCAAGGGUCUCUGCAUUAGAUCAUGGCUGGGGGAGCACAGCCGGGGAUCUCAAGACUUGCCCAGGACACUGCCCUGCCUGUGGUGUCCUCUGGACUGAAGUAUCAAUAAAGCCGUGUGAUUCUUUGUUGCCUCCAUCUGUGUCAUGGAGAAGUGCUGAUUUGAUGAGGGUGGCACAGCCUGACUCACCGCUCAUCAGGUGACAAUGGACUUUGCCAGACGCUCUACUCAAAUGGAAGACAUGACAACAAACCAGACUGUCUCCAAUCUCGGGAAAACACAUCCAGUUUAGGGGUCUUUUGGCUGGGUGUGUUCCUCAGUGGCAAGUCCC